AUGGCAAUGAAACUUAUUGCUGAAUAUGAUCCCUUUUUAUCAAAACAUAUAUUAAAUUAUGGAAAUCCGGGUAAAGAAAAUACAUCCUAUAUGUCAUUUUUUACUUAUGAACAGUUUAUUAAAAUUAUGGCUGAAAAAGUAAUAUGUACCAUAGUAGAAGAAUUAAAAUCUUCAACAUAUUAUUCGAUUAGCGUUGAUUCAACACCUGAUAUAUCAAAUGUUGAUCAGUUAUCAUUUGUCAUAAGAUAUGUAAAUAGUAUUGGAGAACCUGUUGAACGGUUUUUGGGAGGUCAAUCAUAUGAUAAUGCCGCGAAUAUGUCUGGUGCCUAUUCAGGAGUGCAAACUCGAAUUAAGUUAGUAGCACCACUAGCUGAUUUUGUUCCAUGUUCCGCUCACUCAUUAAAUCUUAUUGGAUUGUAUGCAGCCAGUUGUUGUAGUGUUGCAAAUAAUUAUUUUUUAUUUGGACUUUCAGUAACAAGAUGGUCUGCUAGAAAUGAUGCAUGUCAGAGUCUUAAUAAAAAUUGGACAGCUGUAAAAAAUGCAUUGCAGGAGCUAGUAGAUUCUGAUAAUGAAAAACCGCUUACACGUAGUGAAGCCAGUGGAUUGUUACGGAAUAUGAAUAAAUUAGAAACUGCAUUUAUGACAUCGCUAUGGUGUGAUAUUCUUCAAGCAUUUAAUAAUGUAAGUAAAAAAUUGCAAUCUAUUAAAAUAGAUAUCAGUUGUGUUGUUGGAUUGUAUAAUACACUGAUAGAAUAUAUCAAAACAUUACGAACAAUGUUCAACACCUAUGAAAAAUUGGCUCAAGAUAAAUUUGAAGAAAAUGUUCCUCAGUUCGAAACAAAAAAUAGAAAAAGAAAAAACAAAUUGAUGAAUCUAAUGAACCGGAUACUGUGUUUAGUGGCUAUCAACACUUUAAAAUAA